CUUCCAACUGCGCAUGCGCAGCGUGUGUCUUCACAGACGUGAGUAGUCGAUGCCUGGUGGUUGGAUUUCAGGGCCGAUUGUCGACAGAGGAAACUUUUAUCAGAGGGUUGCUAAACAACUACCUCAACAUUUUAACUAUUAUUUUUGUGACCUCAGUGACCAGGGCAACACACCACACAGCAACGGAUACUCCAGGAGCCCGCUGUGGACGAGAAGAUAGAGAGGAGAGAGGGGGGAAGAGGAGAAGACGGCAAAAAGAUAAGACAGAAAACGAGAAGAGAGGGAGUCAUAGGCCAUGUGAAUAUGAGGACAGAAAGGGAAGAAGAAGAAGAAGAAGAGAGAGGAGCAGGAGUCCGAGGAAACAAGCCUCUAUGAUGAGUUUGGUAGCUGCUGGAGAUGAAUCAUGCGCUCCUGACAGAUUCAGAGGACAGAAGAAAAAAGUGCCAGUCGGCUUUUAAGAGGGGACUCUGGGAGGAGGAAGAGUAAGACGAAAAGAGGUGACGAAUGCCUGCUGUCCGCCACAGCUGACGCAGUCUGAUUGUCUCUGGAAGAUUUCGGUUCCCUGAAUGACCGACGGAGGACAUGGUCGUGGAUCCACUGCCUGUACUGAAGAAAUAGUUUCAUCUCGAGACAGCAAGUGGAUAAACUCCUAGUCUGACAUUAAGGCUCUCCUCUGCAGCCGCGAUGCCUGAACGGAUAAACAACUUCCAGGGUCAAAGCUUUCACAAGCUGAGGCGGGCCUGCUUGCGUCGGGGCGCGCUCUUUAAGGAUCCCCUGUUCCCCCCCGCAGCCCAGUCCCUCUUCUACAAGAGGGAGCUCCCACCAGGACUGACCUGGAAGAGGCCAAGGGAGAUAUGUAAGGACCCCCGUCUGUUUGUCGAUGGCAUCAGCACUCGUGACUUGCACCAAGGCAGCCUGGGUAACUGCUGGAUGGUGGCAGCGAUCUCCUGCUUAGCAUCUGUGCCGUCCCUGUGGAAGAAGGUGAUCCCCGACCACGCGGAGCAGGAGUGGAAUCCGAAGCGUCCUGACCUGUACGCUGGAAUCUUCCACUUCCGGUUCUGGCGACUUGGCCGAUGGAUGGAUGUUGUUGUGGACGACCGCCUGCCUGUCAGCAGGGAUGGGGUGCUGCUCUUCUGCCGUUCAGCUACACCUCGAGAGUUUUGGAGUGCCCUCUUGGAGAAGGCCUACGCCAAGCUGAACGGCUGCUAUGAGGCCCUGGAGGGGGGGAACACCACCGAGGCACUGAUCGACUUCACUGGUGGGGUGUCAGAGCCCCUCAGCCUGGACCGUGAGGCCCUCAGCCUGCACAGCGACCAGAGGAGGGCGUUCUUCCAAAUGCUGGCCAAGGCACACGACCGCAAAGCCCUCAUCACUUGCUCCAUACGGCCGGCAGAGGGGGAGACAGUGGAGUCGGUGAUGGAUUGCGGUCUGGUGCGAGGACACGCCUACGGGAUCACAGCGGUGAGGAAGGUGAGGCCCGGGGAGAAGCUGCUGCAGUCAGGCGGGGUAGCCCGACUCUUCAUGGUGCGCAUGAGGAACCCGUGGGGGACCACAGACUGGACGGGUGCCUGGAGUCAGGGGUCGCAGCAGUGGCAGCAGAUGAGUCGUGCAGAGAGGGAGAAGAUGGGCCUCAUUGUUCGAGACGUUGGGGAGUUCUGGAUGGAUUUCGAGGAUUUCUGUCACUACUUCACAGAUGUGGUGGUGUGCCGGCUGGUGGAGCAGGCCCUGCUGUGGCCGAGCUCUCACUGGAGGGAGGUGCGCCGCUACGGGGAGUGGGCUCCAGCUCCAUCCUCUCGGGAAAUACCUCCAUCCGCUGUCCUCCACAGCAGCCACGCGCUGAGCUUGGGGAGGAACAAUGCCAAAGCAGGAGGGACCAAGCAGCGAGGAAACAGAAAGGAGGCCAGGCUUGGGGAGAGUCAGCAAACGGGAAAUCAAGGAGGAAGGUGUGAGCGAGAUAAAGCUGUCAAAAAAGCGACAAAGGAGGAUGAAGGUGGGGAGGUGGAAGCAUGGGAGGCACAGAUGGACAAGAGGAGCCGAUGUGGAGGAUGCAUCAACCACAGAGACACUUUCCUGCACAAUCCACAGUUCAUGUUUGAGCUGAGAGGCAAAGAGGAGGAGGUGCUGAUCUGCCUGCAGCAGGAGGACAGGAGGAUACGGAGGAAAGAUGGAGGGGGAGAGAACCUGCCUAUAGGCUUCGAGGUGUUAAAGGUGGAGGUGAACCGCCGCAGUCGGGUGCAGUGUGUGGUGGAGCAGGCUGCCAGCUCCGUCUACAUGGACUCCCGCAGUGUGACGCUGAAGGGGACUCUGGCUCCGGGUCGCUACGUCAUACUGCCCACCACCUUUCUCCCGGGCGCCACAGGACGCUUCCUCCUACGCGUCUUCUCCCACUCCCAUGUCCGACUCAGGGAAUUGAGGGAUGAUUUGCCGUCCCCCUCUCUGUUCCACUGUUUUCUACCUCAACCCUCGAUUGUGACCACAGUCCACCUCCGCAGGGCGUCAGGACUCAGCCCUCCCAAACAGACAGCUCCAGAUGUUUACGCCAUACUGCACUGUGAGAAUGACACCGUAAGGACGCGGGUAUUCAACUCGGAGGGAAACCCAGAGUUCAACCUCAGAGCCAUCUUCUACAGGAGAUACCCCAACACGCACAUCUCUAUAGAGGUAUGGAGCAGAGGUCUGCUGUGGGACUCGGUGCUUGGCGAGGCUCGACUCCAGACGGCGGAGUCUGAGAGGAGUCGGAGCCACGUGAUUGAUCUGCGGGGCGGCCGAUCCCACUCAGGAUGCCGACGGUGCGUCUACGUCGAGACGUCCUCCAGCAUCUGUCUCACAGACUUGUAACACGUCAUGCCUCGGCAACCACCGUCCUCUCAGGUGGACAAUGAUGAGCAAACAGUUGAUGAACUAAAAAACAAACUUGUCCUGGACAGUUCCCAAAAAUACAAACAACAUUGGUGCUGUAGCUACAUUCACUAAACUAAAGUUUACUAAAACUAAGUUGUCUCAGUGCAGUGACAGUUUAGAGUAAAUCAAGUUUAUGUUAUUUAUUUACAAGAUGCUCUGUCUGCUGGUCAGAUAUGCAGGUGAGGCGACUUCAGCAGUCUAUUAAAAAACCCCGAAGCUGCUGCCAAAUUAAGUGUUUUGUGUGUCAUUAUAUAUGUGUUUGUUUUUGUUGUUUUUUUUUGUUUUUGCUGUUGUUUAACCAGUAAUUGAAUUAACAUUUUUUAAAAUUUCAUCAAUUACAAGUUUUUACGAUUAUUUAUAAUGUGAAUAUGCAUUUUUGUUUCUGAAAACAUUUUAAUAUUAUAAAAUAAAUAACACUGCUCGACUGUUUCGAUCCUCAUUAUUACAGCUAAAUAUCAAAAUUGUUUAAAUUUGAACAAUUAAAUUAAUGCAACCCAACAAGUUACCAUUCCUGCAUGUGUCUUCAUUUAAAGGUCCCAUGUUUUGCUUGUUUUUCAUGUUUUCAUUUUUUACAUGCUUUAAAGAUGCAUCAUGUAAGAAUUUGGGUUAAUGUUAAAAAAAAAUAAUAAUAAAAUGAUCAACAGAA